UGUACAGCUGUCUCGAGCUGACAUCUAUUCUCCUUCUCUUCACACCCCCUUCGUUUGUGAAAGAGAAGACCGUCACCAACCGCUCAUGAAAUCGGUGUUCGCUCGACAUGCCUUUCAUAUGAAGUCGGUCUGCAUCUGAGGAGCUUUGGACGACGGACACUUAUGCUGUAUUUUGGAAUUAGAUAAACAGACCCAUAUUUUCCCAUCUCUUCUUGAGUGCCUUGGCUUGAACAGAGCAACAGUAUGGAUCUGUCAUUCAUGGCUGCGCAGAUCCCCGUCAUGACGGGGGCCUUCAUGGACUCCUCGCCCAAUGAUGACUACAGUGGCGAACACUCGCUCUUCAACUCCUCGGCCAGCGUCCACGCCGCCAACUCCACGGCCUCGGCCCAAGCCCAACAGGAAGAGCAGCAGGCCAUGUCCAGCGAUGCCGUGUGGCUCUGGAUCGCCAUUGUGGCCACCAUCGGCAACAUUGUGGUCGUGGGAGUGGUGUACGCCUUCACCUUCUGAUCCCCUCGAUAUCCCCCCAGGGCUUCCAAACUCACCCCAACAACUCGAAACUUCCUGUUGGGAAUGUGAUAAGAGGACAAGAACAGAUGGAUUCUCCCUGUGACUCCCUAAAGCAAGUCCCGUAAUGCAAACAAUAAUUAUGGGAUUAUGGAUUAAGCAGUCAGUUGGCAGUUGGCAGUACUAAUCAUACCAACGUCUGCAUAUUAGGGAGGGUAAGAAUAGGCUGUGUUCACAACAGGUUUAUACAAUCCAACCCAGUCUAUCAGUGUUGUUUCAUUGAAAUGCAGAGCGGCGAGAAGAGAGAGAUUAGAAAGGGAUUGAGAUGAAGGACGAACUGGACCAUCUUAAAUCCCCCCUACACCAGGCAAUUUAGGAGAGCGCUGCUUGAUCAUUCGGCUGAGCAGAGGUGGUGAAUCAUUGUCAACAUCAGAAAGUGGUAUCAAAGAGGGGAUUACUCCAGCAGCAAACUGGGUAAACACAGUUUCGUCUGGAGAAUUGUUGUAUUCUGGACCAUCGAGGUGUGGUGAGGGCCCUUCUUUUGGCAGAUCAUUGGUAAUGCUGAUUGAUGUUAAAUAUUCACUGCUGCCACAUGCUUGUGUGACAGCUCGUAGUCGCGCUGCGCGACCAUCCUCCCGAUCUUUCCCCACACUGACACUCGAACUCGGGACCGCUGACUCGCAUGCGCAACUAAUUACAAGCUGCCGCAGGUGGACUGUAUUUAUACUUGAGGAGUGAGUAUAACCAAUUCACAUCAGUUACAAUUGUGACACCUGAUUUGUUCAGAACGAAAAUGUCUUCACUUUUCCGGCAGACCAAAUUCAAGACGUUUACAAGAGCCUACUGUUAUAUCUACUGUUGAUGUAUUACUGAUGUGGCGUGAAAGGGUGAGACAGAAAGAACCAAAGCACACUGUAGGUCUAGAUCAUGUAAAAGGAAAACUUAUCUGUACUGCUCACGUAUUCGGAUCCCAGAUAACUAUUCACCCCUUCACUUACAUGGAAGGAGGAACAUUUCUGACCGAGAAGUUGUGUGUCUAUCAAUCUGCAAUUUAAAAUAGAGAUUCUGGGACGGAAUUAGCUUUGUGCUGCCAGGGAGUCCAGAGGCAGACGUUUCCAUGGAGAUUAAUCCUCCACCUAAUUGACAAUGUUAACUGUUCUCCUCCAGACACACGCGAGAGCCUGUCACGUGGGUGUUCAUGAAAGUUAAAUGACCUCCCAGUUGAAUAAAUAAACACAUACAGACAAGCCCAGGAAGAAGGUAACCUUUAAAAGCUAGCAAAGUGACAUCAUAUUCUGAUCCUAAUCACCGAUUUCCAUCUGCUUCCUGUUUAGAAAAUCAGACAACACACACUUAAAACUGCAUUAAUAGAGCAGUCUCAAGCCAUGUCUUUACGAGUCUGAAUUAAUUAUAAUGUUAUUAGAUAUUAGAUUUAGGAAACAUUUCACGAUCCACUUGCAAAAUAUACAACUCCGUUAAUGACUUUAUCAGUCUAGCAUAUGUAUAAUAUUUCCCUCCAAGAGAUGAGGUGUUAAUAUCAACAAUAUCUACCGCAUAAAAAGAAAGACUUGGAAUAGUUAGUUUUUAUUCAGUAAUGUUUCUUAUGUGAUAUGGAAAAAGAAGACUUUGUAGUUAUUUCUAGGAAUGUUGUAGAGGGUUUCCCAUGUCUUGGUGUAAACACUGUCCAUAACUGUUGUUGAUGCAGUGUAAGGAUACAUUUCAUUCACCGACUUUACAUUCCCUAGCUAUGAAAGAACUGCAAGAACAUUUUGUUAUUUAGAUCCCUAAAUUAGGAGGUAAUAUUGUUGACAGAAAGUCUUUUUUUAAGACUGUAGUUUUAUUUUUAUUAAGAAUUUGCCGUGUAAGUGUUCAGAAAUGUUGUAAUUCACCGACACAAUACUCUUUUUUGUAAGAACAUGUAUUACUAAUAAAGUUUCAGG